AUGGCAUAUUUACGCAGAGCUAUAUACACAUCAGAGCUUGAGGGUGAACAAACGGAAGCAUCCCACGCAUCAUUACCUACUGAUGCAGAACAGCACAGUGGACCCCUAACUGCGAAGCAACUCAAAAAACAAGAGCUGAAAGAAGCAAAACGUCGGCAAAAGGCUUUAAGAGAUGAGGAGCGCAAAGAAAGAGACAAAAAAAAACAAGAACGUGAAGAUGUCUACCAACAACGAAGGGAAGAGAAGGAAAGACAACGGCAUGAAGAUGAAUUGAAGCGUGCAGAUCGCGCAUAUGAGGCUUACAGAAAUAUCGCAUCGUCGUUUGUUGUGGAAACGGAAGGGCACGAGCAACCCCGCAAACAGUUCAAUGUUGAAGACUUCGUAAAUUUCGUUAUUUGGAAAAAGGCUACCAACCUCGUUGAGCUCUCCGCAAAGUUCGAUUUGAAGCAAAACGAAGUUGUCCAUCGUCUAAACCAGUUGGAGGACCAAGGCCGCCUGUUUGGCCUUUUGGAUGAGAGAGGUCGCUACUUAUAUAUUUCUGCCACAGACGUGGACACCUUAGAGCAUUAUAUCGUAAACAGUGGCAGGAUACACAAGUCUCGCAAUUUAACUCCGUUUUGCAACACUGCACUGUGUAUGGAACCGACAGAAGAGAAUGUAUCGAGGCUGCGAGCGUGGGAACAGAGCGUUCAACAAUACACAAUGGAAGUGUAA